AUGUUGAACUGUAAAGAUGAUGAGAAUAAAUGUGACUGUUUGGCGAUCGAAUGCCCACGGGUAUUCAACUACUCGAUUGCACUGAAAGAGGAAUGCUGGAUGAAGGAAUGUUUUAUCAGCGAAAAAGCACUCGAUCAAUCAAUAUUACUAAAGGUGACUAUUGGCUAUGCUUUAAUACUACUAGUUGGGCUUUUUGGUAACAUAAUGGCGAUUGCCGUGCUUUCUCGACAUCCACGCAUCAAAACUCACAGCAGUGUCUACAUCAUUAAUCUUGCUGUUGCCGAUAUCAUAACACUAAGUGUUGGACUACCGUUUGAGCUGAUAAUGAACUGGAGACAGUAUCCAUGGCCAUUCCCAGAUGUGUUUUGUAAUUUGAAAGCGUUGAUUGCCGAAACAACAAACUACACAUCUAUACUCACCAUUCUACUGUUUUCCUUUGAACGGUAUAUUGCUGUAUGUCAUCCGUUUCUCUUCGGAAACAUUAAAUCUUUAAGAAAAAACGUGCAUAAGAUGGUGUACUUCUCAUGGUUAGUGUCGCUAAUAUUUGCCUCACCGUUCGGAAUUUAUCAUAAAGCCGACUAUGUAUUAAAAGAUUGGCCUGGAACUGACGAUAAUACGCCGGUUAGUUACAGUUUUCCUUCUUCGUUCUUUUCUUAUAUAGUUUUUCUUUGA